GCGCGCACGCGCGGCCCCUCCGCGUGACGUCACGCCGGCCGGGCCCGUCGGCUGCGGGCGCGAGAUUUUCAAAAUGGGGGCGCGGAGACGCCGCCCCGGCCUCAGGUGUCAGGGAGACUUUUCGGUGGCGUCGGCGUCGUCGCCGGGAGCGGCGGCCUAGAAAGCAAAGCCUGAUGGGCGCCAAGACCGGGCGGCUGCUUGGAGCGUUACCUCGAAGGCGCUGCGCGAAGCGAGCGAGCCCGGGCCGCCGCCUGGGAAGAUGGCGACCUGCAUCGGCGAGAAGAUCGAGGACUUUAAGGUUGGAAAUCUGCUGGGGAAAGGAUCAUUUGCUGGUGUCUACAGAGCUGAGUCCAUCCAGACUGGUUUGGAAGUUGCAAUCAAAAUGAUAGAUAAGAAAGCCAUGUACAAAGCUGGUAUGGUACAGCGAGUCCAAAAUGAGGUGAAAAUACAUUGUCAGUUGAAACAUCCUUCUAUCUUGGAGCUUUAUAACUAUUUUGAAGACAACAAUUAUGUGUACCUGGUAUUAGAAAUGUGUCAUAAUGGAGAAAUGAACAGGUACCUAAAGAACAGACGGAAACCUUUCUCAGAAAAUGAAGCUCGACACUUCAUGUAUCAGAUCAUCACAGGAAUGUUGUAUCUUCAUUCCCAUGGUAUAUUACACCGGGACCUCACACUUUCUAAUCUCUUACUUACUCGCAACAUGAAUAUCAAGAUUGCUGAUUUUGGACUGGCAACCCAGUUGAAAAUGCCACAUGAAAAGCACUAUACACUUUGUGGAACUCCUAAUUACAUUUCCCCAGAAAUUGCAACUCGAAGCGCACAUGGACUUGAGUCUGAUGUAUGGUCCUUGGGUUGUAUGUUUUACACAUUGCUUAUUGGGAGACCACCUUUUGACACUGACACUGUCAAGAACACAUUAAAUAAAGUGGUAAUGGCAGAUUAUGAAAUGCCAACUUUUUUGUCAAAAGAGGCCAAGGACCUUAUUCACCAAUUACUUCGUAGAAAUCCUGCAGAUCGUUUAAGUCUGUCUUCAAUAUUGGACCAUCCUUUUAUGUCCCAAAGUUCUUCAGCAAAAAGUAAAGAUUUAGGAACUGUAGAAGACUCAAUUGAUAGUGGACAUGCCACAAUUUCUACUGCAAUUACAGCGUCUUCUGGUACCAGUGUAAGUGGUAGUUUAUUUGACAGAAGAAGACUUUUGAUUGGUCACCCACUCCCAAAUAAAAUGGCUAUAUUUCCAAAAAGUAAAAAUUCAAGUGACUUUUCUUCAGGUGAUGGGAGCAGCUAUUGUACCCAGUGGGGAAAUGAUGAACAAGAAACGAGUAAUAGUGGAAGGAGAAGAGUAACCCAUGAUGCAGAAGAAAGGCCACAUUCUCGAUACCUUCGUCGAGCCCAUUCCUCUGAUAGAUCCAGCACUUCUAGUCAAUCUCAUGCAAAAACAUACAUGAUGGAAAGAUGUCACUCAGCAGAAGUGCUUUCAAAGUCCAAAAGAUCAGGAAUUGAUGAAAAUGAGCAGAGAUAUUCAACCACAAGCAGUGAUGUCAAUGUUUUUCACUUCUUUAAAGAAAAAACAUCCAGUAGUUCUGGAUCUUUGGAAAGACCUGAUAACAACCAAGCAGCCUCUAAUCAUCUUUGUUUAGGAAAAACUCCCUUUCCAUUAGACCAGAAAUCUCAGAUGGAAAUUGUACAGCAAUGGUUUGGGAAUCUGCAAGUAAAUGCUCACUUAAGAGAAACUGCUGAGCCCAACAGCAUUAGCCCACACCAAGAUUUCCAGGGAUAUCCAGAUUGGCAAGACACAUCAAGAAAUGCUUGGACUGAUACUUCUGAAAAUGCACAUUCUGUAAAACAGCUGAACACUAUAAAGUAUAUGACUGCACUUCAUAGUAAACCUGAGAUAAUUCAACAAGAACCUAUUUGUGGCUUAGAUACUCCUGAACAAAGCAAGACCAGGGGUAUGGAGUCAACUUUGGGUUGUCAGAAACGUACAUUACGAAGCAUUACAGCUCCUUUGAUUGCUCACAGGUUAAAACCAAUCAGACAAAAAACCAAAAAGGCUGUGGUGAGCAUACUUGAUUCUGAGGAGGUGUGUGUGGAACUACUAAAGGAGUGUACAUCUGAAGAAUAUGUGAAAGAAGUUCUUCAAAUAUCCAGUGAUGGGACUAUGGUCACUGUAUAUUAUCCAAAUGACGGAAGAGACUUUCUUCUUGCUGAUAGACCUCCCUCACCUACUGACAACAUUAGUACGUACAGCUUUGACAAUUUACCAGAAAAAUACUGGCGAAAAUACCAAUAUGCUUCUAGAUUUGUACAACUUGUAAGAUCUAAGACUCCCAAAAUCACUUAUUUUACAAAAUAUGCUAAAUGUAUUUUGAUGGAGAAUUCUCCUGGUGCUGAUUUUGAAGUUUGGUUUUAUGAUGGAACAAAAAUACACAAAACAGAACAUUCAAUUCAAGUGAUUGAAAAGACUGGGCGAUCUUACAGUUUGAAAAAUGGAAAUGAAGCUAACAGCUUAAAAGAAGAAAUAAAAGUAUAUGUGGAUCAUGCUAAUGAGGGUCAUCAUACUUGUUUAGCACUGGAAUCUAUAAUUUCAGAACAAGAAAGGAAAAGUAGGAGUGCUUGUUUUUUCCCAAUAAUUAUAGGAAGAAAACCUGGUAGCACUGGUUCACCUAAGGCCUUAUCACCCUUUCCUUGUGUGGGUGCCAACUGCUCAGUGAGAGACAGACCAGCUUUGAACAGAUCGCUCAUGAAUCGUGCGGCUUCUCCAACACAGGGACCCACACUUAAACCGUCUGUGGUUACCCUGGAAGGCCCUGGCCACACAGCUACAGCUUCUAAUAGUGUAAAAGACUGUCUUCCGAAAUCGGCACAACUUUUGAAGUCUGUUUUUGUAAAAAAUGUUGGUUGGGCUACACAGUUAACUAGUGGAGCUGUGUGGGUUCAGUUUAAUGAUGGGUCACAGUUGGUUGUCCAAGCAGGAGUAUCUUCUAUCAGCUACACUUCACCAAGUGGCCAAACAACUAGGUAUGGAGAAAAUGAAAAAUUACCAGAAUACAUCACACAGAAAUUACAAUGUCUUUCUUCCAUCCUUCUGAUGUUUUCCAAUCCUUCUAGUUUUCAUUGAUCAAAAAACUUCUUUUAGAUGUCUACAUUUAAUAAACAACUUUUUGGCUGGCUUUCA